GCAGUGUUUGGAUGUUGUCACUGAUGAACACUAGCAACCACCUUUUAUUUGAUUGUCUGCCACACACACAUUGUACUUUAUGUAGAUGUACGUAAUGAAGCUAAAUGAGACUCAGAAUUUGGGACCUGGCGCUCUAAUCUAAACGCUGUAUUUGGUUCAGAGAACAUAUUAUGACCUUUGUAAAAAUGCCCAAACAAAUUGAAGGAGUGCUUGAGGUAAAGCUAUUUAUAUAGGCAUAAGGCUAACUUCUGUGUUCACUCCCUCACAGGUCGCCAUGCAGGAUAACAGGAAUAGGAUGAUUCCGUUCCCUCCACCCAUCAGCAGAGACAGAGUCAUCAGGGAAUUCCCAAAGUGGUACACGCCUAAUGCGUCUCUGCAGCUGAAGAAAGACUGGGACAUUCAGGCUAAAGCAGCCUGUAAAGAUGGAGCCGACAGGCAUCAGCCGUGGGACCGACAGAAAAUGUCAAAAGUGGUGGUUGUUGGAGACCUUAAUGUGGGGAAGACCUGCCUCAUUAAUAGGUUUUGUAAAGAUGUAUUUGAAAGAGACUACAAGGCCACCAUAGGUGUAGACUUUGAGAUUGAGAGGUUUGAGAUAUCUGGAGUACCUUUCUCCCUUCAGAUUUGGGAUACUGCUGGCCAGGAAAAAUUCAAAUGCAUCGCUUCUGCAUACUACAGAGGUGCUCAGGUCAUAAUCACCGUCUUUGACAUGGCAGACAUAAAGUCCCUAGAGCAUACACGGCAAUGGUUAGCGGAGGCCAUGAGCGAAAAUGAGCCUGACUCCUGUUUUAUCUUCUUGGUUGGCACUAAGAGUGACCUGCUGCCCUUAGAAGAAAGACAGAGGACAGAAAAGGAUGCCAUCCAGAUGGCAACAGAAAUGCAUGCAGAGUUUUGGGCUGUUUCAGCUAAAACGGGGGAGAACGUGCAGGCGUUUUUCUUCAGAGUGGCAGCUUUGGCCUUCGAGAAGUGCGUACUGAAGGACAUGGAGAAUGGGGUCCCUGCUAGUAUCGGACGUGGAAAUAGUAUCAAAUCAGAUCGUGUCAACCUGGAUGAGACUGCGCCCCAAGACACGAAGAGAAGCUGCUGCUGAUGAAAAGAGGAACUCUCAAAGUGAGCCGUUUAGGAGAGUGGAACCAGACAGAUGCUCUAUUCUGAGCUUCAGCUGCCGAAACAAAAGUGACUGACCAUGUUCCACUGGUCUGAAAUGUGCCUUAGGACAUGUUCCAUUGGGUUCCUUAAGUUAUCAAAACUGCCAUGUAUUCUGACAUUUGCAAAAGGUUCAACCAGUAUGCGCUUCUGAAAGCCAAUUGUUAUUGGCUUGAAGCUGACAAUAAUGGACUCUUUUUUCUGAUACUAUAUCUUAUGAAUUUGACCUUUUUUAUGGGGUAGUUGUCAGUAUUUUAUUCUCAAUAUCAUUUAGAC